ACCACCUCUUUCUCAAAGGCCACACCAGACACCGACGAGGUCGAUACCGGGCCCUCGCCAUGCCACGCGCUGCGCCGAACCGUCAGCAAGUGCGACCCUCCAGCGUUCGCACACUUGUCCAGUCCCUCAAGCGUUAUCCCGACAACCCUCCGCCUUCCACCGUGAAAUUAGUCUGCAACCAGAUUAUCCCACUCGUCUCUUCCGAAUCUACGUUCCAGGGCCUGCUUGAGGAUCCAUUUCUUCUUCCGCAGAACGAAUGGACUAUAUCCUGCCAUACUGUGGCGCAGGCGAUCUCGCACUUGCUCGAAAUUCAGGAGCUGUUCGGCGUAAAAAAGCCUUGGGACAGCCAGCUUCAUGGCCCUCUUCUCAGAACCUUGGAGCGCCUUUGGUUCUCGUUUGUCGCUUGGAUCGAUUUCCUGCACCCGUCCAGCGACUACGUUGAACGAGACUCGGAGCAUAUAACCACCAUCAUCAUCCUGCUGUCGCACAUGGUGAAACGCAAGAAGGCGCUUUCUCACCUCCUGGCGCUGACGCCACGGCUAUACGCUCAUACGAUGUGGCUUUGGCUUCACAAUCCAACGUUCGUACAUGACAACGUAUCGCUUCGGUUAACGGACAACGAACGACUGUUCAUGAUGAUCACUGUUACAGUGAUGGAUAUGUGUGGCCUCGCACACGACGACAACGAGCAUACGACCUGGGACGUGACAGCAACCUCCGAGGGCCUCAUGGCUAUUGAAAAUAAGCCCCGACGGUUGUAUAAGCUGGCCGUCUGCUGUGCCACGAAGCUCUUCGAUAAUAUCCGCCACCUCGACGAGGAGCAUAUCGAAACCGCACUCAUGGCUCUCGAGCAACAUAUCACGCUCAUACAUAGCUUCGCCCGUGAUAUCCUGCCCAUCGACAAUCACCAACGCGAAGUCGUUGGCGAGCUUCUGGACCUCGCCCUCUCAAUCCACAGCUUCGAACCGGGGCACGAUGCCGCCAUCGAGGUGUUCACCGUCCUCUGCGACAUCUGGCAGACCGCGAAGGACAACCGGCCGCUCAUCUGGGCCCUCAAGGGCGGCGCUUUCGCGCUCAUGGUCGGAAUCGCUCGAUCGGCAAGCGACUACAACGAGUUCACGUUCGAUGAUAUUCCUCCUCAUAUAGCCGCUCGGACCGCGCACAUUUCCGUGCUUCGUGCCUUUAAGGCGCACAGGGGCUUUGCGUCCUUCUCCAGUAUGGCUGAACUCUUUGAUGAAGAGGAUAUGAAGUCGCUCGAAAGUACGGUGCGAACGCGAAUGUGCUACUAUCAGAAUCCGCCGUGGCCCGGGGCUGUGAAGCAGUGCACAAAGUGCAAGCGUAAGGACGUGGACCUACGUCAGUGCCCAUGCAAGAUUGUUUUCUACUGCUCGAAGGCGUGCCAGACCGACGACUGGGAGCGUCAUCGCAUCUGGUGCGUUGGCUGCGUCCGUCGGGGCUUUGCUUACGAUGCAGCUUUCGAAAUUCUCCAAGAUGCCCCGUACAUGACUCACCGCGCCUUCACAUUCGUCGUACUCCUUGUCCGGGAGUUCGUGGUCAACGAUCGUAAUCUCAUCUUGGCGGAGGUCAAGAAGGCGCACGCGAGUCGACCGGCGCACGGUACAAAGCAGGAUAUCAUCCACCUCGAAAUAGACUUCGGGAAGGCGCCGCCGGCCUGGAAGGUCCAGUAUGUUGACGAGACUUCGCGGUUCGAACCUAUAGAGGCGUGGCCGACAGUCGUGGUGACCGCCAAGCUCUACCCGCUGCCUGCAGGGAGCGAGCCACCGUGCGUUGCUGCUUGGAGAUGCACGCUCGCGUCGUUUGAGGACAAUUUCGAUUAUCAUCGGGGUUACCGCAGGCGGCCAGUGUACUAGACAUCUUAUGUGAUGGAUAUAUUAAUUUGUACACGACCAAUGCAAGUACAGAUGCUUCG